AUGUUCCAGUGCUAUGUGACAUAUCUCUCGAGCCUUGAGCGCGCCCAGCACACAUAUAACCAGAUGCUCAAACACCGAGCAUUCCGCGAUUUUAUUGAGCGUACGCAGCACUCGACCACCGAGCUGGGAAAUGUUGGCCUUCGUGAGCUUAUGAUGGAGCCGUUGCAGCGCAUCCCUAGGUACCAGCUCCUGAUUGGUCACCUGCUGAAGCAUAUGCCGCCCCAUUCGUCGCAAACGCAGCGCCUCCAGGACGCGUCGGCAGCGGCAACUAUCAUUGCCUCCCGUCGCGUGACGGACGGUGAGCGUUUGGCAGCUGUGCUUUGGAGCUGCCAGCGCAUGAUCGACCGGUUCCCCCCCGAACUCGUUAGUCCCCAUCGCGAACUGCUGGGCAGCAUCGAUGUGGACGAGCUAGGCAUCGAGUCACCGCACACUAUGAUCCAGACACUACAUUCUGUCCUGGGCCGCCGCCCCAAGGCCUCGUAUGCCCUGCUCGUCUUUACCGAUGCACUCGUGCUUGUGCAGCGCCACUCAUCGCAACCCACGCACCAGAUUCUCGGUGUGCAGGAGCCGGACCGGCUGGCCGAUCUCAUGCGCUCCGCUCAUCUUAGCGAUAUGCCGACGUCGCGCCGUACAGACCUGAGCUUUGCCGGUAUGAUUAACCUCCUGGAUGUUCGUGCUAGGGGCGAAGGCUUAAACGGAAUCCAACUUGAAUUUCAGCGUCCUCUGCGCGGCACGAAUAACCGCACAAGUGCGCGCCACUUUGGCGAUGCAGCACCAGACGCGCUUGGCUCGCACGUGGCACCCUUCCUAGAAUGUUUCUGGCGUGCACAGGCCGUUCACCGCGCGCAGACUCGGUCGUUGGGCGUGCGCCAGAGCCUGACGCCUUCCGUGAACGGACCCCUCACACUCUUCUGGACUCUCUUUACUCGCUCACAGUAUGAACGCUUCGAGCAUCGCGACCGUUGCGUCCUGCUCAUCGGUUCUGUCGAUUCGGCUGCGCAGCAGGCCGCAGAGCGUGCAUCCGAAUUUUGCGUCACGGCUGAGCUGUUCGACGAGGCCGAUGCUUGUACGCUGUACCUGAGCCGCGCAUGGGGCGCACAGACGCGCCAAAUCCUUGCCAGCCUGCACAUGAUUCCGCGUGUGUGUGCCGAUAUGCUCGAGUCGCCGACGCUGCCGCAGCUGGCGCCGGGCCGGAUGGCGUCUCUGUCUGGCGCGCCAUCUACUACGGGUAGCACUGCGCCCGUUCCUCAGGUAACGCCUACGCGCCGCACACAGUCGAUGCGCACAAAUCGCCCCUCUGCGCCGACCGUGCAGCGCGCCCGCAGCCUAAUGAGCGACCGGGUACGUGCGAGUAUCCAUUCAAGUCUGGAGGCCGUACAGGAGAGCGAACACUCUGUGGACAUGGUCGACGAAGUGCCACUGGGUCGCAAGCGCACUGUGCCACUCGCUGAAGUCAGCAACCAAGUGUCGCCCAAGCGCCGUGCUGUGCCGACUUCGGCUUCCGGGGCAGAGAAUGUACCCAUUGUGCCGAUGCAUGAGACGCCCGUCAAGGCCAAGCCUGAAACGGCAACGGAAGUCGAAGUAGACAUGCCGAUGCACGAUAUCGAUACUGCCACGCCAUCCAAGAGUCAUGGCAUUAUAAGCAUGUACGCGGAUGAUACGCUAGACUUGCCGAAUCCGUUUGACGAGCAUGCUAGUCCGGCGCCCCCCUUACCGACGCUGCCCGAACCGGAGAAGGCGACUGUGAUCCCUGAGCUGGCGAUCGAGCCCAUUGCGGAGGUCGUAGAGCCUGUGUCGACGGACACGACGCCGACGGGUGCGGCUUCCGAGGUGGCACCGGAAGUGGCGCCUUUGCCGCCUCCAAAGGACACUGGCAAACUGCGUGAGCGCCCCGUAUCCGAGCACGAGAUGCAGGAGCUACUGCGUCCUCUUCUGGAGCAUAUUCAAGAGGGCCCACAGUCCCAGCCUGUGGUGCAUGUGCCGCCGACGCCUGUGGCGGAGGCUUGUGCGGCAGAGAUUGUGCUGAGCCCCCACGAGGACCGCUCGCCCGUUGAUGAAGCUGAGGAAUCGGACAGUGAACUGUUCUCAGCACCACCCACGACGGACACGAUUGGGUCUGCAGAGAUGAAAGCGGCGAUUGUGGGCCUGAACGAACGGAUUGCAGCGCUGCGGCGGCAUCGGCCUCGGGUGCAGGGCACCGGGUGGAGCGACGACUGGCAGGGAUUCAAGCAGGCGAUCAAGCAUUUGAAUGUGUCGUGGACUAAGAUGGAGCGCGCAUACGAGAACAACCAGAUGGAUCUGGCAUCGCUGCGACUUGCGCAGCCUGAGCAUGACGAGCGUGUUCACCUUUCGCCAGAGGCGUAUACGGAGCUACAGGACCAGGCGAAUGCGCUCCUGCCCCUUCGUGUCGAGGUUGAAACACUUACAAAGCGCUGCACUGCGCUGCAGGAGCUCGAGAAGGAUGCGCGCAUGGAAAAUGCGGAGUUGUACGAGGCCUUCAACGAGGAGCUCGCCAAGAUUUACCAGACGAGUUUUCGCCCUGCAGACGACGAGAUUCACUACCUGCGUGAGGCUCUUCAGGCUGCCAAGGCUGAGAUUCACUCGUUGCGCACUGAGAACCGUGCCUUGCGCUUGCACCAGGCUCUCACCGAUCUGUAG